AUGUCACCUGCCGUGAUCACCGACAUUCAGCCGGAUCUGCAUCAUGACCAGCUCGAGGCCGUGGGCAAAGCCUUCGAUGCGCUCCUACUAACCGUGUACCAGCUGACUCACAGACAAAAUGAGCUGUUACAGCACAUGGAUAAUGUCUUCAAAGAGUACACAAAUGUGAUAGAAAUUCUGCCUCCUCAAGAUAGACAUCAUGCACAGGACGUUCAAUUCAAACUGUUUGCUCAGCAGGAAGAAUAUCGUCAGGGCCUCGUACACAGCAAGCCUCGAGUGGAGGAACAACCGUUGAAUUCCAUGGAUGUAAUCAAGACCCUCGUUGCGCAUCAAAAUGUAGACGAGAAUACUUUCUCGGCCAUCAAGAAUGGAGUGAAAGGAUGCAAAUCUCUGCUCCGUUCUCAAGAUAACCUCUCUCAAAUAUCCUCCAACUCGUGCAUCCUCGCGCAAGCGCCGGCUCCAGCAAUCGCGCUGGAGAAGGACUUCACAACGAAUGGCACCCAGGGAAAUCUGCUAUGUCCAUUCUCCAAACCGAAUAAGAUGAAGAGUGAAAAUGGCAGCGAGACCCCCAGUGGGAAAAACUCUGCGCCGAAGAUCCAGAUCGAAGCCACCUGCGGCCACGACCACCUGGAUCCUAUCAGGGCCGAACAAGACGAACGACGCUCUAGCCACACCCCAUCAGCCCCGUCGUCAAAAGGAGCAUGCCCCGUAUCCCGAUGCCCAAUCCGAUUCCUCGAUCAACACUCGCCCGAAGAAAUUGCUGAAUACGUCGAACGACACAAACAUGAGAUUCCCCGCAGCCACGCAAUAUGCGUCAAGCGCUAUCAACGAAACCCGCAGGACAUGAGACAACUGGACGCCAAAUACGGUGGCCUGACCAGCAUGAUCGCUGGCUUAGGUGUCAAGCACCAAGCCUUCCUCCCCGACCGUCAGACCAAGGGCGAAGGCCAUUCCUCUCAUUCUGCGUCGACGGAACGGGUUGAGAAAUGGGCCGACAACGUGGACCCCAACACGCCCAGCGCCGAGAUUGAGGAGAAUAACGAGGAGGAUAUGAAUGAGGAUGAUAACCGUCAGAGCCAUUUUGACCGCCCCCUCCGUGAAGUCCGCGUGGGUGAAUCCCCAAGCAGGCCUUGGGGCAUUUCAGUGCCUGUCACCCAUCUACCUCCCGCCUCAGCGCCGUUCUCUGGCUCAGCGUCUAUCCCCACAUCCCCCGAUCCUCAAACCGACAAAUAUGAUAAACCCACCGAUGCCAACGUCCUCGAUGCUAAGCCUGCCGGUGGCUGUCCAUUCGGCCACGGUAAACCAAAGCCCGAAGCCCCAAAGCCCGAAAUGCAAAUACACGGCCCUGGUGAAAGGCCGAAGGACAAAAAUGUUGCUACACCAGAGAAACCUGGUUGUCCAUUUGGCCACGAUAAACCAAAGGCCGAAGCUGCAAAGCCUGAAACCGAGGCACGCCGGAGUGGUGACUUGCCCAAGACCUGGCCCAAGGAGCAGGUCGUUACAGAGCAAGCAGCUGCUCCCCAGGCCGCUCCUCAUACUCCAACUGCUCCUGUGAGCGACGACCCGACUACUAAACCUGACAUUCCAUUCUCAAUCCCUUCCCACGUCACCUUCAAUGGCCCUGUCUUCUUCGGGUACUCCGCCGAGGAGACUGCCAACCUAUUGCAGCAGCUCGGUAACCAAGGCAAAUCAUGA